AUGCCUCGCAAGUCGCGCUUGUCUGAUUUCGAGAAAGGUCAAAUUCUAGCGCACAAAUCGAACUGUUGGACAGUUUCUCACGUUGCAGAUGAGCUACGACGCUCAAGGAACGUUGUUACAUCCUUUCUUCGAAAUGAAAACGGCUACAAUCAGAAAAACAAUGGCGGAAGGCCCCGGAAAAUGACGGACGCGGACAAGCGGCGUAUCAUUCGCGAAGCUUCAAAAGGCUUGCUUCGCUCCACAGGAAUUGUGAAGGCCCUGCAGUUGUCCGUCAAGCCCCGCCGUGUCCAUCAAUUGCUUCAAGAGACGGCUUGUUUGCGUUACAAACGCAUCGCAAGAACGCCUGCUAUGAAGGAACAUCAUGAAAAACUGAGAGUGAAGUGGGCAACUGAAUGCAUGACUUGGAACGACCGAAAGUGGAACUCAGUGGUCUGGUCCGAUGAGAAGAAGUUUAAUCUCGACGGACCAGACGGAUUAGCGUAUAAGUGGCAUGAUUUAAGAAAGCAGAAGGAGUGGUUCUGGAAAAGGCACAGUGGUCGAGCGAGCGUUAUGGUUUGGGCCUGUUUCGCUGGCACUUCCAAGUCCCCGCUGGUAUUUCUGGAGGGGAAGCAAGAUUGA